GGAGAAUAUUACAAAUAAAACAUCUUUGAGGUUAUCUCUGUACACAAAAAAUAAUAUUUUUUGGAUUGAGGUUUAACUUGACUUAGGAUGUAGAUGUUGAGAAUAAAACAAAAUGGGAGUUAAAACAUUUAAUAAUAACGGUUCAGACAAUAAGUACAUAUUUCAUAGAAAAACUGGUAGAAGUAUUAUAGAGCGCCGUCCAGUGUUUUCCCCUGAUGGAGAAUCCAUAGCCACUAUUGUUGAAAAUGUAGUAAGAGUUUACAACAUUCAAACUGGUGAUUGCGUCCGGACUCUUGAAACUGAAAACCCUGUAAAUGAUCUUGUUGGUAUUGAAUUUCCAAGAGAUGAAGACUACAACUUGUAUGCGUGUUCUAAAAAUGGAAGCAUUAUAACCUGGACUUGGGAAAAUGGUGCAGUACUUCGCGAGACAAAUCUUGCAAUUCCAGAUAUGUCACAUGUCAUAUCAUUUAAUUUAAUUGACAGCAAAGAAUGCUUCGUUACCACAGUAGCAAAAUCAAAUCGUCAUUUAGGACUUCAUACAUACUCGACAAAGAAUGGUGAAAUAUUGCAAGAAUAUAAGGCAACUAAGCCAGACUUUACAGACAUGGUCCAAAUUUCACUUGGUUGGUGUUAUGGUGAUAGAUUUGCCGCUAUAUCCAAUGGAACAAGGUUUAUUUACAUACAAAAUCUUAAGCAACCUCAUAUGAAAACACGGAUAUUAAAUUACAACAAAUUCCGUGUACUUGCAAUAGCAGCCCAUAGCACACAAAACGCUGUAGCCAUAUCAGACAGCUUAGGAAGGGUUACAGUCAUCAGAGGCAAUUUAUAUGAUUCCAAUAAAGCUGCCAGAGAAGUUCUGCAUUGGCAUUACUUGCCACCUUUAGCUGUGUGCUUUUCCGAUCUUGGAAGUUAUCUCUACUCUGGUGGAAUGGAAAAAGUGUUAAUCAAAUGGACCACAGGUCAUCUGACAAAUAAGGCAAAUGAGAAGAUGUUCAUUCCUCGGUUACCUGGAAUAAUUAGAUUCAUUACUGCUAAUAAUACACAUGUUGCAAUAACACUUACCAACAACUCUGUGGUGAUAGCCAGUACUAUGAUGCGAGUAGUGUCAACCAUACUAGAAUGCGGUGGGCUGUCACCAGUUACAAGGGCUAUUGGUACUUCUUUGUUGUAUCACAAAAACUUAGGAGCACUGCUUAUGGGUGGAAGGACAGGGCAUCUGCAGCUCUACUCCACUACUUCCGACAAAGUUCUAUACAAUAUAGACAUAACGAGAAUGAACAAUAUACCUCCUAGUCGUUGGAACCUUCUACCAAUAGAGGUAGAAGUGGCCUGCGCUGCCAUCAGCGGCAAUGGUUCCUGGCUCGUCACUUCCGAAUACAGGAACGAUGGUCACACAUACCCUGAAGAAAUGCUCAAAUUCUGGCAAUUACAACAAAAAAACGCAACCCCUUUCAAACUAAACACCUGUGUAAACCUCUCGCACAAUGGUUGCAAUGUAGUCUCUUUGGCUUUAAACAAUAAAGGCGAGUUUUGCGUAUCCGCCGGUGCCGACCAAAAGUUUCGGAUAUGGAAGAGGGAAAACAACAAAUCCGCCAAAAGCUGCAUGUGGAGUUGUUUGACAGCGUGUUACUAUUCAUCGGGCAUAACGCAGUUCUUAUCUAGUAAAGUUUUGAAUAGUUUCAAAAAUGGCGAAUGUAACUUAACCGAUGAGCCUGAAGAGUAUACCUAUUUGACAGAUAAUAAGAAAGGCGAUAUCAUUCAGAAGCUCUUUAACAUACACAAGGAGCAAGCUUUGUUUGAUUCUGAAGCAUUUAGUAUGAAUGCUAAAUGUAGUGGAGAGAAUGAUAUGGGCGGAGUGGCUAUAUCGCAGGAUGGAUCGCUUAUCGCCGCUUGGUUUGGUUCUAAGUUAACACUGUGGGACACACAUUUGUGCAGUCUUAGGACAACUUUAUCUCAUCCUGCUUUACGUCCUAAAGGGAUACAUGUGAAAUUCGGCAAUCAAGACGCUGCCCACUAUUUGGUUUGCACCACAGAAAAGUGCGUUGCAGUGUGGAGUAUUUUAUCGUUGACUGUAAAAUGGCUGGUCCAAAUAAAUCCUACAUACCUUGCAGCCGACCCAUUUUCUAACAAAAUGGCAAUCACUACUUCUAAUAAUGAUGUUUUUGUAUUUAGUCCUCUCAGCUCGUCACCUAUAUUGUCAAGAAAGUGCUUGCUCAACCCGAAAACUGGCGUGUUCAAGCUAUGCACCUUCGGGGAUUCCCCUAAAGAUGAAGUCAGACUCUACGUCAUGAGAAAUGAUUCUGAAAUUUACUGCUUAGAGCCGGAGCAUAAAAAAGAAGGUAGUCUAGAAAUGAUCAGUCGCCGCAGUCUCCCGGCAUCCAACUUCAGUACUUUAUUAGCAGAACACCAACUGUCAGAAGUUAAACCCGCUGCGCCUUUGGGCGCAGAAUCCUUAGAUGUAACGUCGACAGAGCACACGGCUAUGUUACAGUUCUUGAGUUCUUCUUCACACAUGGUGCCGCCGGUGAGUUUGCUUUGCACAUCGUUCCUCCAGAACAUGGCAGGACAGCAAGAACCGGAGGAGACUAACGAAGACGAGCAACAAACCAUGGACGUAGAUUUGGACUCUGAUAGCGAAUCAGAAAACGUUCCCAUGCUCAACGGCCCGCUAGCACCAAAAGUGACGCAACUCUGGACCCCCAACUACGACGAUAUCAAAGAGAAGCGUAUGAACAAAAUCCUUAAAGAACCGUUCUUGGACUUGCACGCAACCGAAUCUAUGUUCAACUCGUAAUAUUAAGGG